AUGUACCAACCAGGCGCACGACCUCUCCGACCAGGUGAAUCUGGACCAGGAGCCUACCCACUCGUCGGCGGAAUGCCCCCAGCAGGAGUUUUCGGUGGAGCGCCGCAGCCGCUAAAACAGCGCGAGAUUAGUUUUGAUACAAGUUCGAGAGAACCUCAUAUGAUAAGAGCUAGAGUUUUUGUUGGCAAUAUUAAUACCAAUAUUAUCAACCGUGAAGAAAUUAUUCGACUUUUUGGUACUUACGGGACGCUUUUGGGGGUUACCUUGUUCAAAGGUUAUGCUUUUAUACAAUAUUCUAACGCCAAUGAAGCUGAUUUUGCCGUAAGCACUCUGAAUGGUUACAAUUGGAAUGGAUCUGUUUUAGAUGUGAAGCUCGCAAUUGCUGGGAUGAAAACUCACAACGCUUCGUCGUCUUCCAACGGUGUGAAACGUGGAGCAGACGGUUGGGGGAGCGGGAGUACAGUUAAAAAGGAACGUACAGAUGACUCGAUGGCAUCGAGUAUUAGCAAUCAGAAUGAAAGAAACAGACAAGCUGCGGCGUCGGACACCACAGGAAAUGCUAGCCUUUACGAUACAGGCAUGCCAGAUACAAUGAUCUGCGGUGGUUGCCGUUUCGUCACAAGUGAUUUUGAACAGUUCAGGGAGCACCGUAAAGCCCCUUGUUCAUCAGCCGUUAAGGAAGAUUUAGAGGAGAAGAAGCCUUGGCAGUGUUCGAUGUGUGAAGAAGUUUGCUCGACGGGAGGUGCACUUAUUGAGCACGCGAAUGAGCGCCAUAACAUAAGGCUUCAGCGAGCAACAGAAUAG